AUGUCACGCCGAUACACAGCCACCGCCUUCUCUCACCACUAUCAUCAACGAACAUCGUCGACAAUGAGCACACAACUCCGUAGAAGAAUCGGAGUCUCACCUAAGCAUUUGAUACGAACUCUGAAUCUAUGCGAAGAAGACGUCAAAGAGAAUUUUCCCGACUUCCUUCCAACAGCUGCGGAUGAUGACCUUCUCGAGUACGCUGAACUUCAAGAUUCUCACCACGAAUCACUCUUCACAAAGCUGAGAAAGCUCGAGGAUCUCAAUAACGAAUGGGCACUCUAA